AUGACGUUAAUUUUAUGCAGUAAUACGACAUUAACUAAUCAAAAUGGAGCUUGCAAUGUUCACUAUACGAAUGACAGCGUACCCGACAGAAGUUCUUCAAAUGAAGAGAGAAAUAGUGGUGGAAAAUGUGUUAGACCAAAUGAAUGUGCAUGCUGCAACAAGGGAUUUUAUGCAGAUUAUAGUGACGGAUACUGUAAAAAGACUUGUUCCUGGAGACCAGACAGUACUAGAUGUUUUCCUGGUCAUUGUUCGGACGAGUAUGCAGAUACAUGUGUUUGUACAGAAGGUUUUGCUAGUCCAUCAGAACAUUGUAAUGCAAUUUCAAAAGAAAUCGAUAUACUCCAUGCCCAAGUGAUCUUCAUGGACGCAGAAAACACAACGGUUUCAUCUCCUGAAAAUGCGAAUAUUCCUAGAAACGCUUCAAAGAAAUGGACCAAUAAUAGACAUUUGAAAACAAUGGAAUUUUCUCUAGGAGCAAUUUACAAUGCAACAGGAAAUAUACCAAAGUUUGGUGAAUACACCGAAACAAUAAAUGGCGAAGACAAAAUUGUGUCACAUUAUGUUACCGAAUUUAAGUAUGGUAUUAUAGCAGGCGGGAUGAAAGCUAUCUUAAUUAGAGACAAUAUUACAACUGUAUCCCUUUUCAAUGAAAAUUGCAAGAAAAACAUAAAAAGAACUUCGCCUUUCCCAGUCAAGUCAGAGUUUCACUGUCAAAGAAAUUUAAAAUUUGUAGAUCAGUUUCGACACAAUGACGAGUUAACUAUAUCAGUUGAACUCGAAAAUGGAGGAUAUUUGGUUUACGAGAACAGAGAUAACAGGCACAGUUACAAAAUUGAAGGAAAGUGGCCUACACACUCAGUCAAUUUGAAGGGAAUCAAAACAGUUGAAUCUUAUGAAUUUCACUGGGAUACAGAGCUUCCAUACUUUUCUUGCAUUGCAUCGUUUUGUGAUUCUCUACCUAUCUACGUACCUGAUACAUCCAAAUCUCGUUUUAUAGAUAUCUAUUGGAUCGAUUGGUCAGAUGAUCUUUCUGGAAUAGACUACUAUGAUAUUGAAGUAUUUGAAUUUGAAACUGCCAGACAAAAUGAAAUAAAAGAAAAUGCGGCACCAAUCAUGCAUGUCAAAGGGAUUAUAGGUCAAUCGAGUAGAAUAGAAAUGGGGAAGCCAGGAAUGUAUUCUAUUCAUUUUAGAAGCUAUGACAGGGCGGGAAAUUAUGAGACUGCAAGAGCCCUUUUUCUGUACGACAACAACGAUAUAAUCGAUAAUGGCAAAGGAAAUACAGAAGUUGAAAAUACAAUACAUUACCUUGGGAAAAGAUGGAUAACCAAUUCAAGUCCUCUCAUAGAAGUGGCAUGGAGGGACACAUUUGUGAAAACCAAUCACGUAAAAUACAAUUGGCUUGCAAAUGUUCAAUCAUAUCCAAACAUUUUAUCGAUAUACGAUGACAAUGGCGGUAAACGUACUGUAAAAAGUGUUCCGAAUGUAAAAGGUAUUGUCAAGUUUGAAAUUGCCCAUGAUGUUUAUGGAAUCGAUCUCAAAUCGUUUUCCCCUUUUACGCAUGUAUCAAAUGUGUAUGAGGAAUUUGCUGUUCAAAAUGUAACGUGGGAUGACGGGGACCAACUUAUUACAACAAUAAGAGCAUUUGAUAUUCUGGAUAACUACAGAGAUGAGAAGAUAAUCACUUACAAAGAUUCAACACCACCGAUUAUUUCUAAUUUAUGGCUCACUAAAGGAGAUCGGAUUAACACUGCCAUCCACAGCUUUGAAGAAUUAAAUGAAAUGACGAUUGAAUGGGAUGCCUAUGAUUAUCAUAGUGGAAUAAGUCAUUUAAAAUGGAGGUUGUAUAGUAACUACAGUGGGACUAAUAUCAUUCACGGAGAAAUAGACUUACCAAGUCAAGGUGAAACACAGACUUUGGAAGAAUGUGCAGAGAAAUACAAUAACAAUAGGGGACCGGCUUGUUACUGUACAAAUUACACUGGUUGUUACCACAAACACUUUAAUAUCAAGCCUAAUAUGGUAGUAGGCAAAGGCAAUGGGAUAGUCCAUAAUAGAUCAAUGGGAGAACACGAUUUGGAUUAUUUUAUUGAUGUAAAUGUGACAAAUAUGGCAACAUUGAUUUCACUAAGGACUAUAAAAAUCACUCUUGAUAUCACCCCUCCAGUGGUUGGACAUGUACACGAUGGGAUGUAUGGAAGUCCAGAAGUCGAUUUCCAACAGGACUUGUGGCUUGAUGCUCAUUGGGAAGGAUUUUUCGAUCAUGAAAGUGGUGUUGCAUUUUAUCAGUACGAGUUUUCAGAUGCUUGUCUUACUGAAGAACAUUUUCAACGUAAAUCUUUGAUUAACGACACCUAUGAUACAUUUGCAACGCAUACUGCAUCAAGUCCUGGGACCUACUACGUCACAGUGGUUGCAUACAAUAAAGCCUUUCAUAUGUCUAAACCUGUUUGCUCAGAUGGUAUAACUAUUACACACACAGUUCCUUCAGUUAAAAAUGUAAUUAUAAUGAAUGCAAGGACAAAACCGCGUUUGAUAAGAGACGUUGAUGGCCAUGAAUGGUAUAUAGAUCAAAACCUUCAGCGGCAUAAUUUGGAAAAUAGUACAAGCAAAUGCAAGUUUUCAGAACCGCUGACCGAAAGCAUUGAAAUAUUCCCAACAUCACAAACAUCAGUUAAUGCUGACAAUGUUUGCACGAAGACCAAUUCGUUUUCCACAUUAGUUACUCGAGUAAUUCCUAAAAUACAUAUGUUAAACAUAACAUGGGUACCAAAUGUUGAUACUUCGCUAAUUGAUGAUUAUGAAGUUGGAUUUUCGACAGUUUCGGGGAGCGAUGCACCUGAUUUAAUGGCUUUCCAGUCGUCUAAACACCACAGCCACAUCUUAAUAGAUCACUUUGGAGUGCCAGAAGGAAAGUUGUUCUAUAUCAUUAUAAAGUCUAUUAGCAAAUCUAAUGUCAUAGGUUCUCAGAACGUUGGUCCGUUCAUACUUGACACAACACCACCUCAGUUUGUUGAAUCAUAUAUCGAUUUGUAUCUGUCUGGAAAUUACCUUGUUGCAAAUUGGUCUGCUGCGAGUUUCACAGAUAGUGAUAACCCGUUUUUGCUUGACUAUGAAUUUGCCAUAGGACACGAACCGUAUUCUACAGACCUACGACAGUACUCUAUAGUGACAGAAAAGGGACCCUGUUUUCGGUCAUCGAAUUAUAAAUGUACUGCAACUAAUGUAUCUGAACUAGACUGGAAGUUACAUGGUCAUCAUACGUAUUACGUGACAAUCAAGGCCACAAAUUUGGCUGGUUUGUUCGUCUUAAAAGCAUCUGUCCCUUACAGUCAUGAUAUAGUUUUACCUAGUAAAGGUAUUGUUAUCGAUGUUCCAUGGAAUUCGACAGCAUUUAUCCCAAUCAAGGACAUAGAAGACAUCGACUUUAAUGCCAUUACAGAAAAUCUAGCUGUACGUUGGACGAAGUUUUAUCAUCCACAUUUGAAUUUAACAUAUGAUGCCUGUGUAGGAACUGCUUCAGGCUUGUGUGAUGUUGCUGAAAAGAGGAAAAUAACGACCAGUAUUAACUUUUACUUUUUCCUUGGACUAACGAUUCAUCCAUUUCAAAGGUACUACACUACAGUUUUCGCUGAAACAUUGACAGGGUCAGUGUUUGUAUCCUCAGAUGGUGUUACCUUUUUAGAUCCUAAUUGGUCAUUGCCCAAACUAAAAAUUUAUGAUGGAGAAAACUGUUCAGAGUAA